GGCACUCGGCUGACGGCUCUCGGAUCUCGGCAGUGAGUUCUUGUACGCUGUAGUGACAGGUGGCAUAUCGCAAAUCACGUGUACUUUGAACACGAGACUUUCUUUUGUUUAUAACUUGCUUAAAUACAUGCAAAGAUUGUCUAUCAUUACGGUUUUACAUUAAAUUAAAGACACGUUUGAGUUAUAAUGUUUACUUUAAGUGUUGUGAAAGUGUACUUUUAAAAUACCGGCUCCUCGACGUACAAGUUCAAUUUAAAUGCGAAAUUGUCAUAAGAAUUUGUGGGCCGCAGUCGGAUAAUGUAGAGAAGAGUUUCACAAGAAUCAAGUUUGGAAGCGAUUUGUACUUUGAAGUAAAAUGUUGGACUGUCUGUGUCCUUCUCCGAGAACAUUGGCUUGUCGAGUCAUUCUUCUAGACGAACGAGAACUAAUUCAUGAAAUACAGGACACCAGCACGGGCCAGGCGCUCCUGGACGUUGUGUUCCGGCACCUGGAUCUUCUGGAGACAGCUUACUUUGGCCUACGCUAUGUUGACCAAGACAACCAGACGCACUGGCUGGACGCUGGCAAACGUCUUCGUCGACAGCUUCGAAGUUCAGACUCACACACUUUUUAUUUUGGUGUCAAAUUCUACGCGACUGAUCCUUGCAAGCUGCUUGAGGAAAUAACAAGGUACCAACUGUUUCUACAACUGAAGCAGGACGUACUUCGUGGACGGCUGCCAGUCAACUUCGAGCUGGCUGCUGAACUCGCGGCUUAUGUGCUUCAGUCCGAGUUGGGUGACUACGAGCCUCGUAGACACGCCCCCGGCUACGUGUCUGAGUUCCGACUCCUGACGCACCAGACACCUGAGCUGGAAGCCAGAGCGGCAGACAUACACAGAACUUUAACGGGCAUUUCACCAGCUCAGGCAGAACUGGGAUAUUUAGACAAAGUGAAGUGGCUCGACAUGUAUGGUGUUGAUCUCCACCCUGUCUUGGGCGAAGACAGCGUGGAGUACUUCCUGGGAGUCGCGCCAAGCGGCCUGCUGCUCCUGCGAGGUAAACACUCGGUGGCGACCUACUACUGGCCACGGGUCUCCAAGCUGUACUACAAGGGACGGUACUUCAUGAUCCGCGUCGCUGAUAAAAAUAAUGACACAUCAACGUACGGCUUCGAGUCUCCCACCAGGUCAGCGUGUCGUCACCUAUGGCGAUGCUGCACUGAUCAUCACACGUUCUUUCGGCUGCAGCAGUCAUCACCGGCCUCGGCCGAUAUCUUCACCUUAGGCUCAAGACUGAGAAAUAGCAGUAGUCGAGGGACCACUCCUCGACCUCCUCCCAGCUUCACAAGGACUCCCUCCCGGCGCUACAUCCGUCCGCACCCGUCCUACUCAUCCUCUCACGAUGUGCCAAAGUUAGAAGAAUUGAGGAUAAGAGAUUGUCCUCCUGAACUAAAACAACCUACCUCGAUACAUCGACCUAGCUCAAUGAUCGGUGAGUGUACGAGCGUGCCAACCACGGCGGGUGGGUCGCCACGUUCCACCCGCUCCGCGCCCGCCCGACGCGGCCUCUUCUCCACCUCUCCGACGGCUAACCGACCGCCACCAGCACCGCGACACAGAUCGGCUUCCGUCGACUCUCAAAGCUCGAACGAUUCUCGAUCUAAUCGCAAACACAGACAUCGAUCGAGAAGGCAACAAUCGGAUGCCGAAAGUGAAUUGUCCCGGGGCUCCGGCAGGUCCGGGAGACGUCAUAGAAGACAUCGCUCCCGACACAAACACGACUCAGCUUCAGAACGGGAUGAAUCGCAACCUGAACCCAAAGAGUACGAGUUAGUUGACUCUGAGUCACAAUGGAAAGAGGUAUUAAGACAGACGACGGGCGGCGCGGGCGGUGGGGUUCAAGUCGCCAGCGUCCGACGCUCGCACGUGGAGCCAGAGAUUGGAACACAUCGAUCAUCUCACAGACCAAGAAGACACAAGAAGCAUCGAUCGCGGUCUGGUUCACCGAACGACAAGAAGUGGCUGCCAAAUGAACUGAAACAGCAUUUGGAGUUCUCGCUAGUGGAUACAGCGGGGAUGACGGAGGAGCAACUUAAAGAGAUCCCGUAUACCGUGGUGCAGACCAGCCAGGCCAGACACACCAAGUUGAGAACAUCUUCGAAGCAUAAGCAGAACGAACAAGGGUCGAUGUCGCGACGAGAGAAGGCUCACAAAGGCGAUCACGACAAUCAUGGCUCCGUAAGAUCGAGCUCAAGUAUCCUUAGCGUGCACAGGACCAAUAUUGAAAGACACGGAAGACGCGUUUACCCUUGCUACGAUGAUCCCAUGAGUCAUCCAGGAGAUGACUUCCUCACGAACAACGGGUACAAGGGCUCCAUCACAACGAUGAACAACAACCCAUACAGUCCUGUCAAUAACAGCAACAGCAACAGUUCCAGUGGCGAGCUGAUAUCUGGAAGUGCAAGAGUUUCCCACGAGCACACGGACUCUGGCCUCGGCGCUGAUCAGGACUACGCAUAUUCUUCUGAAAGGUCGAGCGACAGUGCGAAGUGCGGCGCGGUCAGCUCGGCGGCUCCAGUUACAGAGCAACUGAACCCGGAGGGUAGCACGUCCAGCUCAAACCACGCUCAUUCACUUCUGCAACUCCCCAACACAUGUAAUAGCAACGCGACUGAAAUGAGCACAGAAUUAUAAAUAAUGAAUUUGGAACAUAAUGUAAUCCUACCUUUAUUUUGAGACACGUCAUAUAGUUUUAUGUGGUUUUAUUAUAAUAUAUAGUUUGAAAAAUUUCGAUGUAUAUACAAAAUAAAAGAAUCUCUACUGCUGCAUUUAUUAAUUCAUUAAUUAAGAUGUAGUUUUAAUAAAGAAUUGUGUAAAUAUAUUAUUCGUAUCUACAUUAUGUAAUUACAGAUUUCAUUAUUUUAAGAAUAUUUUUCAGUAAAUUAAUAUAUUGUAAUACAGGUAUAUACACUCUUUGUAAAAUACAAUUAAUUUUGAAGACACAACCUAAUCUUAUUUAAACUGCGUUUUGUACGGAUUAAUGGUAAGGCAAAAAUAUUACAAAUUAAUAUUAUAGUGCCAAAGAGAUUGCUAGACAAAUGAAAUAGAUUAAGUCGUCUUAUUUGAUGGUAAAAAUAGAUAAGUACCUCAUUUCAAUUUGGAUGAAAAUAAUUUAUUUAAAUUCAAUUAAAUGUCACAGUCUUAGAUUAGGGAUUGGUCUCCGCUAGUCUCCAACUAGAUACCGCAGGCGCAGUAGCAAAGUGCGGCAAUGAAUACUACGCCCAAGUGGGAGUACUCGAGUCUCCAACAAUGUGUGACGUUUACGUGCCACAUGUUCUGUUAAACUUUGCUAAUAAUUGAAACUAAAAUGCGGGGAUGCGUAGUAAAACUUUAUAAAAAUAAAACUACAAGAAAUAAGAAUGACACUGGGAUGACAUAUUAUCAGAAAUAUUUUGUAUUUUAUUAAUUUCAAUGUAAAAUAACACGAAGCGUACUUUAUAAAAUUUGAAAGAUGCCAUUGAGUGUCAAGAUGCCACGCACACAAACAUCUAAUAGUUGCCGCAAUAAAAAAGCUAUUGUUCUUAAGUAUUGCGGUAUCUAGUUGGAGCGCAGCGGAGACCAAUCAUUAAUCGAAGGUCACAGUGAUAUUUGUAUUUUUAUAUAAAUCCAAAAAGAUCUUUUUUUAUUUGAUAAAAGUUAAACGAAUUCACUAAGUUUAUUAAGCGUAAGGUUUGUAUUUUUAUAGCAUUGUCUACUGUACAGUUUUGACAGAUUUAUUUAUGUUUUAUAAGUUUCUUUUGUAUAAAUAUUGUACCUGUUUUAUAUAUACCUAUAUCUAAAUAACAAACACUGUUUUUGUUUUGCCCAUACCAUAAAAUAUUUUCAUCCAAUCCUGUACAGUUGUUAUGUAGGUUUAGAAUUAAGGUUCAUUCUUAUUCUUAUAUACACUCCUGGUUGGUCCCCAUGCAGGUAUCAAAAUCGUAAAUACUUGCGGUGGUCUCUACACAGUAGGCGUAGGGGCUCACGAGCAAGCAGUGACACACGCGCGCUUUAUUGGCAACCUCUUUACAGAUUCGACCGAUAUUUUAAAAAUGGAGAAACGUAAAUAAAGGUCAUUGCAAAUUAAAAUUCCUUAAGCUUCCUAAUGACGUUGUAACAAUCUAAUUUAAUGUGAUUAUUAUUAUAAUUAGAUUACCAUUCACGAUAGCUACCUACUAUUCCCUAUAUACUAAGUUGGUUUGACUAUGCCGUGGUCUUCCAACGCAUUCAUUACUAUCUACAAUUAAUGUAGGUUUGACAACGAAAUAAUUUAUAGUUAUAUGUUAUAGAAAAACUGAGUUAUAUUUAUGAGAUGACCUUAUUCUAGGUAGGUUCAGUUUGAGGUAAAGAAGUCAACCCUAAUGUCGUCAGAAGAGGUAAGAGUCACGCGAUAGAAAGAGAGGCAACUUCUAAGUGAAUAAUAAUGUAGGUUAGUAGCGCUGUGCGAUCUGAAGUACACCUUAUUGUAUGACCGCAAGAGUCCCUAUUGGUUUAAUUGAUUUUGCGGAGUGAGACUUCCGCACUUGUACUAUAUUAUAUUAUAUAUUCUUUGCCGACGGCUACAAUUUGGCGGCAAUCUAAUGGCUACUUUAAGAAGGUGUCAAUAAAUUUUGGAUUAUUAUGAAUGUUUCGUGUUGUAACCAGUAUUUCUAAACCCAACGCUGUCAAUUUUUGCAGGUUUAAAGACUGAAGCCAAAUAUUGAAUGAUAACUUAUAAAUGAUUCUGAAUUAUUUGUGUAUCGCGAUUUAAAUGUUGUUUUUUGUGAGAACAAUUUCCAAUUUUGUUUAUAUUAUUAAAGGAAUAAAAUAAGAUAUGAA